AUGGAUGGCUCGGGCCUGCUACCUCAGCUAGCCAAUACUGAUAUAGACUACGCUAAGAAGUUGGAACACCUACUAACCAACAUGGAACCACCUAAGCAUACAACUAAACUAGUCAGAGCGCCACAAGAAAUCAAGAGCAUGGCCGACUCAAAUCUUCUUUACCAGGACGAUCGAUUAACCUUUGGUUCGUUAUUUGAUCACAUCUUAGCUCAAGAUGCACUUCCAAAGCUGAUUCCGUUUCAGUGGUCUGACUGGGUUGACUUAUCGUACUUGAACCAGCAAUUGAGCAAACCAUUUGACCAGAGGUUAAAGUGUCAGGAUAUUAUACAUGAAAUGAAUUUUGUACCUUCAAGAGUCAAAUCGAAAGCUGAAGCCGAUCCAAACAGAGUAGGGUGUGUCAACACUAAAGAUCUCAGUGAAGAAGAGAUUAAGAGGUUGGGCUUUGAUGACAAAUCGCAACUACCGGGAUUUAUUCAAUUCAAACACACGCAAGUGACAACAACGGAAUACGUGAGAAAUUUACAAGGCAAGUCGUACUUAUUGACCCAUCAGCCACUACCCUACAAAGUAAUCUUUUUGAACGAUUACGGUGACGAUUUGCUGUUUGAUGUAUACAAAGGACACCCUGAGACUACGAAAACAGAGUUUGAUUUGGUAAAACAGUUUGAGCAGAUUGCGCCAAAUAGUGGAUACAAAUACAGCCCACAACCAAUAAUCGAGUUGCAAGAGAGCCAUUUCACUUAUAAUCGACGUAUUCUUGCUCAAAAGUUGAACCAGCUUCAACCAGUCAAGGAGCCACUUAGUCAAAUGCAACAAUCCUUUUUAAACUCCAUGGUAACUACCAUCGAGACAAAACCAUCAGUGAACCCGGAAACGCGGUACUUUAAGGAAGCCACUUUACAUAUGAACAGCAAUAAUCACGAUUCCGGAUGGCACUACGAUUGGAGGUUUUUCAAUGGGAAACUAAGUGAUCAUUUUGAUCGCACGUCAAUCAUUUUGGAAAGGUUACUGCGCAAUUGGUUUAAAUUUAGUGAAAAGUACGGCAUAGUUAGCUGGAUUGCCCAUGGUCCGUUGUUGAGUUGGUAUUGGAAUGGAGGAACUUUCCCCUUCGACAAUGACUUGGAUGUGCAAAUGCCAAUUGAACACUUGCUUAAAUUGGGUGAGCUUUAUAAUCAGACAAUUGUGAUUGAAGAUCCUCGUGAAGGAACUGGAAAGUUUCUUAUUGAAGUGGGGACAUUUGUGCAUAAUAGGCAUAUUUCAAAACGUGGUAAUCACAUAGAUGCAAGAUUUAUUGAUAUUGAUACGGGUAUUUACAUUGACAUUACUGGAUUGAGCACAAGUGGAGCAAAGCCCACUGCAAAUUAUUACUUAAAUGUCAACGACGACAUGGAUGAAGGGCCAGUGUUGAAGAAAGAUGCCCCUGUAUUUAACGAUAGACGUGUCCAUUUUUAUAACUUAGACCACUUGUCGCCUUUGAAGUUGACCAUGUUGAAUGGUGUACCAUGCUACGCUCCAAACUCGAUCAUCCAGCGUUUGAAAUUUGAGUACCCAAAUCGUGCAUUAACCAAAGUAGAAUACAAUGGCUGGUAUUUUAUCAACAAGUUGCAAAGUUGGAUACAUGAGCCAUCUUUGACAAACGUGCUCGACCCUAACGACUAUAAAAAGUCUAAUGGUCGUAUCAACAAGACGAGGUUGAAGAAGCUCGUGCAGAACUUGUCGGAUGAGGAGAUUUAUCAAAUUUUGACUGAAGAUCAUCAAGUGUUGGUUGACUAUUACCAGUCACAAGCAUUAGCUCAAUACCACCAAAAGGAGAUACGCCACUUGUUCAAAGUUGAUGGUUCAAAGAACAGAAACGUCAAUGAUUUAGAGCAAGGUAAAAUUUUGGAUAAUAAAGAAGCGCAUCACGAUCAAGCGUAUAUUCAGCUUAUUGAACAAGGUGUGCAUUUGAAGCCACCUGUCAGAGAGUCAUUAUUUGAGUAUGAAAAAAUAAAUGGUUUUAGAGAAAAGCUUUACCAGCAAGCUUUUGAACAGUUGGACAAGAUAGAAGUUAGAUAG